UUACUUUUUUGUUUUCCAGAGAGAACACUUCUCUAUAUAGCAAUGAAAAACUACAGUGCUACCAGUGAGUUUGUACUCCUUGGACUGUCUGUUGACCCCCAUAUUCAGGCUGUACUCUUCAUGCUGUUCAUUCUGAUUUACCUCCUCACUCUGAUGGGAAAUUUCUUGAUGAUGCUGAUGAUUAGGGCUGAUUUUCACCUCCACACACCCAUGUACUUCUUUUUGAGACAGCUGUCUUUUCUGGACCUCUGCCACUCAUCCGUCACAGUUCCCAAGAUGCUGGAGAAUCUACUUUCUGAAAGUAAAACCAUCUUUGUAGAGAGCUGCCUGGCUCAGGCCUUCUUUGUGUUUGCCACCGGGGGCACGGAGGCCUGUCUGUUGGCAGUGAUGGCCUAUGACCGCUAUGUAGCCAUCAGCUCCCCUCUGCUCUAUGGCCAGGUGAUGAGCAACCAGCUCUGUGUGGGGCUGGUGUGGGGCUCCUGGGGCCUGGCCUUUGUUGAUGCUCUCAUCAAUAUCCUCCUGGCUGUCAAUUUAGACUACUGUGAGGACCACACUAUUCCCCACUUCAGCUGUGAGCUGUCUUCUCUCUUCCCUCUGUCUUGCUCUGACACCGCCACCAAUUUCACACUCCUGCUCUGCUCUUCUGUCUUGCAUUUCUUUGGCACCUUCAUUAUGAUUGUUUCCUCCUAUGCCCGCAUUGUCUCCACCAUUCUGAGCAUCAGCUCUACUUCGGGCAGAAGCAAGGCCUUCUCCACCUGCUCUUCUCACCUCACUACCGUGAUCUUGUUCUAUGGCUCAGGCUUCCUCAGCUACCUUUUGCCAGCCUCAGGUUCCCCCCUGGAGAUGGUCUUCUCCUUGCAGUACAGUGUAGUCACACCCAUGCUGAAUCCCCUCAUCUACAGCCUACAGAACAAGGAGGUGAAAGCAGCUAUGGGAAGAAUGUUUCGAAAAUAUUUUCAUUCUCUCUUGUAGGGGACACAAAGUGAUAAUAAAAGAGAAAAACUGAUUAUGCUACAUGAUCAGACAAUGGACUUUAAGGAGAGUUUCUUGAUUUCCCAUGAUGACAGAUGUUACUGGGAACAUAGUGGUAUUUACUUUCUUGGAAAUGCUUCUGAAAAGGACAGAAAACUCUUAUUUUAGGUGGGUUCAGAUUCUUAUUCAGAAAAGGAGAAAUGAAUCAGAUAAUCCUUUUUUCAAGGGAUCAUUUUGUGGAUAGCUGUUGCCAUUAUAGCUCAUUAUUUCUUCACACUUCUUCAGAUAAUUAUGCUCCAGAUCCCUAGGAAAACUGAUUCUCUCAAAUUUACAUCAUAUGGUGAGAUGAUUCCAUACCCCAGGGGUAACCAUUCUGCCCCUUUCUCUUGACAGUUUAUUGAGGCCAGGAGUGAAACAAAGACCCAGGUGAGGUUAUUUAGAAUUGUUUCUCUAGAAAAUUCAAAUAUGGAGUAGGAACAAGAAGAAGAGCUUUCAGAAGAAAAGCAAUCUGACUAUAGUUCCUGAAGAGACUGUGAAACUCUGUUCUCCUGGCCAUUGUCCUUUCUGAGGUCAUAUUUUUAAUAGAUAUAAUGGAACUCGUGAAUUUGUUCUGUGGCAAAAGGGACCAGGCAGAGAAAGAAGGCAAUAGACCUUAAAAGAGGAAGAGUAGCAUAGGUUUUCCAGGUGGGCUCAAUGUAAUCACAGGACUCCUUAAAAGCAGGGAAACUUCUCCAGCUGUAGGUAGGAAUGAUGAGGCAGAAGGGGGAAGGUCAGAGAUAAUAUAAGCACGAGGAAGACUCAACCCAUCAUUGCUGGCAUGGGUCCACGAGCCAGAGAGUGUGAGUGGCCUGCAGAAGCUGAGAACCACCACCAGCAAAGAAAUAGGAACCUUGGGGCAUAGAAUUCAUGGAACCGAAUUUGGCCUUCAACCUGAACAGCAUCUUCCCCAAAUCCUGCAGGUAAGGCCUGCUGACUUGAUUUUUGGCCUUGUGUGAUGACCCAGAGUAGUAAAAUUGGUUGA